CAACCGCGCGCACAGCAGCCACUGCAGCCACUGCAGCCGCACUUCACCCUCCGCAUAUUCAUUUCAGACAGCUGAAUAUCUUCCUACGUCGUCCUGGGCUAUGUGGUCUUGCGAACGAUGCGUGGGUGGUCACUUCACCAAUGAAACUUCCCUGGCACGAGGUCGUGCAGAGCACACUACACGACCUUAGCCAGAACGGUCUCAGUUCUUCACGCAAAUCAGAUGUCGGCCGGAGGGGCUCAGACGACAAUCCAACUACCGCACCUCUGGUCCCUCCACGUUCAAAUGCCUCUCCAUCGCAGUCACAAAGGGGACAGAUGCCCCAAACCCCUCCUAGACACCUCACCAAAACCAUAAGUGCCUUCCUUGGUGCGCACGACAAUGCCGCAUGCGCGCCGAUCCAUAUCGAGAGUGAUGAUGAUAUCGAGACACCGGUCGCAAAAAGCGAAACGACGACACCUAGUUUUCCUUCAACCCAGAACGCCUUAACAUUCAAAGGCGAAUUCGAGGCAGCGACUGCGAAUUUCACGUCCGGGUCUAGUGGCAUAAGUCGACGACAAAGUUCUCCGCGGACAGGAUCAAGAGACGAGGACAGGCUUGUGGGAGGAUUGGUAAGACGGAGCACCGAUUCUGGAUGCAUCGAAGACCCAAUGAAGAAGCCUUUCAAAACUCCUUCGGGGGCCUACAAACCAUACAACACCUUGAACGGACGGUCGGCUUUUCUUCAACAGAGGACAUCUCAGACUAGAGUCCCAGUGCCUGCCUCAAGCACGAGUUUGCCUACUAAGAACGACAUCCAUGCCAACGACCAUGGUACGCCUAACAAGAAGCGCAAGGUUGGAGAUUGGGGAAGUCCUGGAGUGCGUGCUGCCUCAGUUGUCCCUCUCGAUGACGGACAGAACCUGAAUAACUCUGAAGACGAACUUGCUCUGGACACGAAGUCAAAAGAUGGCAAAGUGUCUGGAAAGCGCCACGGACUGCGCCGCUCGAAUGACAGAGAAGAAAAUAGCCUGCCAACACUAAGAACUCGUGACAAAGUCCGCAAUAUACAGGUCGAUCGAGUCGAUCGCUCAUCCCCCGAGGAUGAAGGCGCUUUCACAAAAGGUUCCGCACAGCAACGAAAGGCUGAGAAGGAUAAGAUACUUGAAAGUCCUCCGGAAUUCUCGAAACAGCCUCGAGCCUCGCGAUACUUUAGCAAUCGACAGAAGCAAAAUCCAAAGAGGGUCCAGACGCCGGAAAGUCCAGAUGCACUGCAGAGUAGCGAACCUCGGUUUGCCUCAGAGUCAAGCGUCAUGAAUGGUGCACCCUAUCCAGAGAUGAAAACUAAGGAUCUCGGAAAUCUAAUCAUAGGUACCAACUCCAGUACUGCGGUGAGCAAGCGAUCAAAGGAACUUGUGAAGAAACCGGCCAAGACGAAGAUGACCUUUUUCCUUAGAGAACUCGUGUACAGAGAUUUGCUCGACUCUUCAGGCUACAUAAUUGAGCUCGACCGGUCAGGGAAAGAGGUCUCUAUCAAUGUGAAGGAUCCGCUGCUAGGCGACGAUCCUGUUUCCCUGCCACGUCAGUUCAACCAGAUUAUCAAGCUUAGACAUGGAUCCAACGAGUCUCCCUUAGUGAGCCUCCAUUUUGUCCGAACUUUGAAGGAAGAAGAAACCAUGUGGCUCAGAUUCGAAUCACACAAAAUGGCUGUCGACUUCGUUGGUGUUCUGAAGGAUAUAGAGAAGACGCUGAAAGUCAGUGUUCGGGGGGAGGAGUGGAUGGAGCAGGCUUUCUCAAAGUCCAAAAGUGGAACUUCCAGACAAAAGGGGAGAUCCACGACGAAGACUCAAGCGACACAAACCUCUCCCAGGAAACGAGAACCUACAUCGACGGAAAAUAAGUCGACAGCAAAAACACACGCCACCCGGAAACAAAUCAGGCUGGUCGACAUAUUGGAUGCACCUGCUGAGAGUUCAAAAAAGUCAUCCGCGACAUCAGCCGCAGAUCGAAAGAUGGCUGUCAGCAACAUGGACAAAACGCUGUUACCCGCCAAAAGGCGUGCUCUUGAGGAUUCUCCAUCGCCCCAGGCCACAAUCCACUUACCCGCUAUGUCGCAGCCCCUGACCCGCUCACACGCCAGUAAAGAAGAAUCGAGGACUGGACAGGGACGGGGCGAAACUCCUCCGAAGAUCAAGGCAUCACAGACUGGGAUUCUAGACAGUCCUUGGACCAACGAUCUUAAAUACCCGCCCUUUGGGCGAAGGGCUGCAGUUGUGCCGUUCACAGACUUGAAACGACUGGACGAUGACGAAUUCCUUAAUGACAACCUCAUAACCUUCUUCAUGAGGUAUCUGGAAACGCACAUGGAGAAGAGCAAUCCCGAACUGCACAGGCGGAUGUAUUUCUUCAACACCUAUUUCUAUGACGCCCUUUCCAAGACGAAGGGUAGAAAAGGAAUCAACUAUGAUGCUGUCAGCCGCUGGACCAAAAACAUCAAUCUUUUCAGCCGCGAUUUUAUAGUUGUGCCAGUCAACGAGAACCUUCAUUGGUAUCUUGCCAUCAUCUGCAACCUUCCAUUCUUUCUCGGAGGACGGGCAACGACGAGCGGCUGGUCUGAGGAAUUCCAGUCGAGCGACCAACAAAGUGAAGGAGAGCGGGACAAUGGUCUGCCAACGGAUGAGACUCAAAGAACAUUGGCCGACCUCUCACUCAGUGACGACGAGAAAAGCAGUCAGUUCCAAACGGGAAAGAGACCCGGACGACGGAAAGCUGUUCGCAGGUCGCUUCCGAAGUACGACGUAACCAAACCUGUCAUUAUCACAUUGGAUUCGCUCGGCAUGCCGCGACCGGCGACAUGUUCACAGCUCAAACAAUAUGUAGUUUCAGAGGCCCGAGACAAGCGCAAUAUGGACAUUGACGUGACUGAACUAAAGGGUAUGACGGCCAAGGAAAUCCCAACUCAGGACAAUUUCAGCGAUUGCGGACUGUAUCUGUGUAUGUAUCUGGAGCAAUUUGUGGCUGAUCCGUACAAUUUCGUCCGCCGAAUCCUUCAGCGGGAAGAGAAUGCACAACAAUGGCCGCGCCGAAUUCAUAGUCAAGAUCUAAGAUCUAGACUUCGCCAACUGAUCUUGGAAAUGCACCGGCGGCAAGAAAAAGAGCCCCCUGAAAUGGACGAGCCUGCUAUUGGAAGCAUCUUGAUUGGUACAAGAGAGGCAUCUCGCUCGCCACCCGCAACACAGAGAUCACUCACAAGACAUGAUGUCCACGAAGCGCAGAAGAGAUUCGAUGGAAUUACACGCAGCCAACAUUCCGAAUCAAGAGAGGAAUACUAUGGAGGCUCCCCGAUUCUCGAAGGAAAAGACACGAAAACAAAGAAUGCAGUCACUGAGAUUUCCGAGACCCCGGAGGAUUCGGAGGAGGAGAACAGGCACGACGACCUCGCGUAUGGACAAAUGUCAGCAGCGCCACUACAUCAGACGUUGGAUACCAGGUCCAAUCGGUAUUCAAAUGCCGAGCCCUCCCAUCGGGAUGCGCAAUAUCUUGCAGCUCUUCAAGCACGAGACGUCCACCAUGCACGAGACAUCAGCCCGACUUUGGACGCGUCGCCCACAGAGCGGGCGACAUAUCAACCCCGUCAAGAUUUUGAACACCAUUCAGACAAAAAAAGGAGGCUAAAUCCUACGGGUGUUCUGGAUUUAGGGCGGAGGUCCCGAUCACCAAGUCGAACCAGUGAAUUGACAGACUACCUUUUGGGGCCUAGUUCAAUCGGACCCUUUCUCCAUGGGAUAGAGUCCUUUGCUGCUGUCGAGAAGAGUCAGACGAAGAACCUGGACAGCGGCCGGAAGAAUAAUUGCCCAAGUCCUGAACCAGAAAUCAUUGCUGAGAGGAACGUUGAAUCCUACAGAGAGAUCAACCAUCUGGGGAAGCGGAAGCGACCAUCUGGGGAAGCAACGGCAGCCGAGUCUGCAACUGAGCAUGAGGAUCUGAUCAGAUCAGACGAGGAGCAGGGACUGGAGGGUCCUCGGACUCGGAGUGGUCAAUUCUCAUCUACGUACAGAGACAUUGGAGACAGUCAGGAAAGGGGGAGAGUGGGACGAUACGACGGGGAGGACCUAGAGAUGCUUUUCAAGAUGUGAGACGGCAUCAAAGGAACAUGGGCCUGAUGGCGAUAAUAGAGAUCGUACAACUGCUGUUUGAGGGUGUCCCUUGACGCCACACUGCUUUGCAACCAUUCUUCAUGCGAUGAGCGCCGUCUGAAAAACGUGGAACGACUAUGAACAGUUAUUUUUUAUGAUGAACGGCCCAAUUAGACAGCCAGCAUAGUUGUCUUGUGUGUUUA